CCCAACUCCCUUCCUCUCGCCUUGAGGUUCAAGACGCCGUAUAUCUUAACUACGGCCAGAGCACAUACGACGGACGCUACCUAGUCUUUUACUAGGUCGUUCGUUUGUUUGUAGACUUUUAUCUCUGCUUCAUUCGGUGUACCCCUUAUCCCGGGCGCAAUCAAUCAAUCGACUAUCGAAGGGCGCAAAGCAAAAAAGUGGACAGUCUGGCCCCUUUGGCCCAAAGUUCGGCGGCGGGCGCACCAUGCUGCUACACUCGGCGGCCUUGCUGCUGCUAGUGGUGCUGGCGCAGCUUGUCCUUUGUCAGGAGGACUUUUACAAGAUUCUCGGCCUCGACAGGCAGGCCUCAGACAAAGAGAUCAAGUCAGCCUACAGGCAAUUAAGCAAGAAAUAUCACCCUGACAAAAACCCGGGCGAUGAGACGGCACACGAUAAGUUUGUCGAGGUGUCGCAGGCGUACGAGGCCUUGAUAGACAAGGAGAGCCGGCAGAUCUACGACCAGUAUGGCCACGAGGGCUUGAAGCAGCGCCAGCAGGGAGGCGGCGGCCACGGCCACGACCCCUUUGACCUGUUCAGCCGCUUCUUCGGUGGCGGCGGCCACUUUGGCAACCAGCCCGGCCAGCGGCGCGGGCCCAACAUCGAGGUCAAGGUCGGCAUCGCCCUGCGCGACUUCUACGAGGGCCGCGACACCGAGUUCCAGUGGGACAAGCAGCAGAUCUGCGAAGAGUGCGAGGGCACCGGCGCGUCGGACCGCGUGGUCGACACGUGCCGCACCUGCAACGGCCAUGGCGUCAAGAUGGUCCGCCACCAGCUGGCGCCCGGCAUGUUCCAGCAGGUCCAGAUGCAGUGCGACCAGUGCGGCGGCCGCGGCAAGACCAUCAAGCACAAGUGCUCCGCCUGCGGCGGCGACCGCGUCCUGCGCAAGCCCGCCACCGUGUCGCUCAAGGUCCAGAAGGGCAUGGCCAACGGCGCGAAGAUCCAGUACGAGAACGAGGCCGACGCCAGUCCCGACUACGUGGCCGGCGACUUGUUUGUGACCCUGGUCGAGAAGGAACCGGACUUGGAGCAGGACAACCCGGACCACGUCGACGGCGUCUUCUUCCGCCGCAGGGGCAACGACCUGCUCUGGAGGGAGGUCCUGUCGCUGCGCGAGGCCUGGAUGGGCGACUGGUCGCGCAAUCUGACGCACCUCGACGGCCACGUUGUGCGCCUGGGCCGGAAACGCGGCGAGGUCGUCCAGCCCGGCCACGUCGAGACGGUCGCCGGCGAGGGCAUGCCCAGGUGGCACGAGGACGUCGACGACGUCUACCACAGGAUGGAGCACGGGAACCUGCUCGUCGAGUACGUCGUCGUGCUGCCCGACCAACUCGAGAGCGGCAUGGAGAAGGAGUUCUGGGCCGUGUGGCAAAAGUGGCGCGGCAAGCUCGGCGUCGACCUGCACAAGGACAGCGGGAGGCCCGACGAGCCCAUGAGGCAGGCUGACGCACACGCGCACGAGGAGUUAUAGACACGCCGACGGACGGACGAAUGAUAAUUCACUUGUCUUUUUUUUUUGCUUAUAUCGUUAAAUUUUAGGUCGCAAUUUAGAUUUUCCAUCUAGAGACGGGGCGCGGUCCGGGUUUGUAAAACAAGCUAGGCGGCAACGGUAUCAUAUAUGCUCAAACCAAUGCGUGCACUACAUCCCCUG